CAGAAGAGAUCAGCUAUCUCCCUUGGGGCUCCCUCCGCUCAGAGAAAUCCACCGUCUUUGCCCAGCAGCAUCUCAAGACUGAGCUGCCAUGAAGCUCUUUGCCAUUACGCUGGCCUUGGCCGUCUUUACAGGCUCCUGCGAUUCUGUCCUCAGUGCUGAACCGGUUUCUAAGUUGGAUCAAUUAGAGCGGAACAUUGAGGAAUACUUCAGAGACCUCGAAAGAGGCAUUAACAAGCUCGUGGCCGUGUUCACUGAAUCGGAUCUUGGGCAGGAGAUAAUAGAUUUCACUGAUGAGACCUAUUCAAACAUCAGCCAGCGUCUUCGGAAGCUAGUGGAUGACUUGCCAAGCGAGGUCCAAGAAAUCGUUCAGCAGGUUAAGUUUAUUCCAGUAGCCAUUGCCCUUCAGGGGGGUUGCGGCUCUCCAAAAGUCACUGAUAGGCUGAAGCCUGUCAUGGAAGAGGUCUAUGAGAUGCUGGAACCUGUCGUGAGCCCCUUUGCCAAACCAGUGGUGGAUCAGGUGAGAACAUACGCUGAUGCUCUCCGUACCAAAAUAGAGGAAUUAAACAAAAACCAGAAGGACAAACUGAAACUGCAAGUAGAAGAGCUGGAAAUGAAGGUGGGCCCUUACGUCAAGAACGUUCAGAACCAGUUGCGAGAAUUGUGGGUAGCCUUGCAGCCCUUGGCAGAUAAGGUGCAGGAGAGGUUCAAAGAAGACGUGGAGAGUGCUACUAACUUCCUCAAGCCUUACGUGGGCCCACUUCUGAACAUACUCAGGAAAUGGGGCAUAUGAUCCCUUAUUUCUCCAAUAUUUUCCUAGAAGAGAACCCAGCCAACCUCUUUAUGUCAGCAGCCGAGGACGUGGGGGCUUGAUCAGUUGUCUCUACAAUUCCUGAAGGGGGGAGGGGGGAGAGUUAGAGCACAUCUGUAAACCUUCCUGAGAUCAUGUAAUAAAAAGAUGCCCCCAACAA